AGGGGGAAGGCAGCGGGGCAGAGCGGCGGCGCUGCCCGGCCGAGCACCACCAUGCUGGAGUCCAUCCGUGUCACCGAAAAACUUCACUGGCGUAAAACAGAGCUUUCCAAGAAAUCCCUCCUGAGACCAGCAGAACAUAAAGUGAGCAUCAGUGACGAGAGCAGCCUCCAGCACCCGCCCUCAGGGGUCCUCAAGGACAUUUUCACCACAGGAACGAGUAGCUACAAUGUCCUUCUGCAGAGCAAGGAGGAGAAAAAGCACCACGCUCCGAAGCAGCCCUCUGCUCACAGGAAACACAGAAAGACCACCAAGUGUUCCACCGCCUCCCGAAGCAACGAGCACCCCAAAAUCAAGGCCCCGCUACCCUUGCUCAGCCCUGGCUGGUGCUGCACCAGCAGACAGGCCCCCCUCAUUGUCACCAGCCCGGUGUCUACCAGCAUGAAGUUCACCAGCAGCGUUUCGGUUGCAGGGAGCAGCAUAGGGCUGCCACCUCGACCCAAAAGUAGAACUAAGAGGCACUGGAGUCUAACAAAGCCAAAGCAGUCCCAGGCCUCCAAAAGCCAUGCUAAAGAAGGCGAUGCCUGUGGCCGAAAGCUCUGUUUACUGACUGCAAUCAAGCCUUCCAACGUGGAGAAAGAAAAGAUUCAAUUCUUCAACUCGGGUUUUACAUACAACCCUCAAUUUGAGUAUGAAAACCCUGCUCUGCCAAAUGUGCUAGCUAAGCACAGCCAUGCAUCCGACAGGUUCCUGAAGCAGUCCAUUAACAUCAUGGAGCGGACACUGCAGAAGUACGGCAGCUAUGAGAGGUUUGAGCAGGCCACCGGAGGCAGCUUGCUGACCAAGAGUCGCAUCUGGAACCACGUCAGGAAGUACAUGGUGAAAGAAGGCUGUCUUGGGGAGAUCGUGGUCCAUCUCACGGAGGACCUGCUGUCUCGAGCCUCAAUGACAGUGCUGAACGGCCGCCCCACUCUCACUAUCAACAUCUCCACUGCGCGAGAGCACUGGCUGGAAGGGAUGCUGAGGCAUGAAAUUGGAACUCAUUACUUUCGGGGUUUUAACAACAACAGCCAGCCUUGGUGCAACUGGAACGGACGCAGAAAACAUGGCCUGAAGCCAAUCAACCCCACAGAAGAGGGGCUGGCAAGCAUCCACAGCGUCCUGUUCCGCAAAGACCCCCUCCUCUGGAGAGCUGCCCUGCUCUACUACACCGUGUACCAGGCCAGCCACAUGUCCUUCAGCCAGCUCUUCCAGGACCUGGGGAAGUUCGUCAGGGACCCCAACACUAGGUGGGAUUACUGCGUACGAGCCAAGAGGGGGUGGACUGACACAUCACAGCCAGGCUGUUUCAAUAAGGAUCAGGUGUACUUGGAUGGCAUCCUCCGACUCCUGCGAUACAGGGACUCCAUUGAUUUCUACCUUCUGACAGCCCUCGGGAAGAUCUCCUAUGAAGAUGUGGACCGCCUGAAAGGAUUAGCUGUGAUUGAGAACAUGAGGGUACCACACUUCCUGCAGGACCAUGCCCGCUACAUGGAGCACCUGGAAAAGAUCAUGCAAGUCAAUGAGCUGACUGAUGAGGAGCUCCAGGGUCUCAUCGAUUAACAGCAUCAGCCCACCAUUCACGUACGCUGGGAGGAUGCAGAACUGCACUCCCAGGAGCUUGUGAAAGUGGAGUUAGGAGAGGCGGCAUGGGAAGGGAAGCCAGAAGGUGUGGAAGUGGGGAAAAGCCCCUUCGUGUUCCUCUUGCAUUGUGAUUGUAUCCUCAUCAUUCUUUAAGGGGUUUGGGCAUUGUUUU